GCCUGCUAUAUUGCCUUGCAAUUCGUGUGCCUUGUCUAUCGGUACAGUUGACGUUCGCUCAGCUCUCCCCCGAUCAUUUGUCAUCGGGGCAACCGCUCGAACGGACGCAUUUCCCGUGGUCACGCUAUACCUGUGUCGCUCAUCAUUUUGUUUCUAUCUCUGCGGACACUACUUUCGGAACUAUCAUGGGGCUUUUAAAAGGAUUUAGCAGGCCUGGAUUUAGGAUGGGCAAUAUCCGAUGUUUUGUGCACUUUUGUAUCACAUUUGUUUCAGUGUUUGAUGUUAUAAGCUGUGCAGUUCCUUCGGAUCGGAAAAUGACAUGGGGUGUGAUGUUACCUAAUUAUUUCUUACCGACUGUACCUGCCGGUAACACCCCUUGGCUACCUCCGGGACGCCAUUACCCUUAUCACCUGCAGAUGAUGAUGCCUGCCUUGAGAAUAGCCCUUGAGAAGGCUGAAGAUCAGUAUCUUCAGGGCUGGAAUAUAACUUUGCAAGUGGAAGACAGUUUGUGUGAUUCUGCCAACACUCAGUUCAUGGCAGCCGAUAUGAAGGUGGAUUCUAAAGUACAUGUUUACAUCGGACCAGUUUGUGAGACUGCCAUCAUCCCGGUGCAGAGGUUUGCUAAACGGUGGAAUAUACCCCUUAUCACAGUGGGAGCACAAUCAGUCAACUUUUUUCAGAGGGAGUGCAUCACAAAGUUUAUGCCCCCUCAUUAUUAUGCGGGAAGGAUUGUGUUGGAGGUAUGGAGUACAUUCGGGUGGCAGAGAGGGGUAUUCUUAUAUCAUUUCAACGAUAAGGGUUCGCAGGACCCUUUGUACAUGGCUGGGGCGACUUAUAGUUCCCUCAAAAAUGCUGGUCUUAAUAUGACCCACGAACGUUUCGAUGAGUUCUCUAAUAUGGACUAUGCGGAGCUGAUGGAGAGAGUGGUCAUACCAGAAACAUCAGGUGAGUACCCCACCGUUGAAACAGAAUCUAAAAACAAGGCAAUAAUUCAGAUAACAAUCAUAUUUAGAUAUAAUAUAUAUUCUCAGGGAAGGGGUCGUCGAAUUUACCGUUUGUUUUACAAGCCUGAAUAAGCAUACGACAGGCAUCACAGAGUGACUUGUGAUCGCAUCACAGGUAGAGAUCUUGUAUACAUAAGUUUAAUUACCAAUUAUCGCGAUUAACAUAAGCUGCCAUUAUCAAACUUUGGACUAAAUUACACUGUGCUAUUAGAUACGGCUCGUUAUCUUUACCACGGCUCUGGAUAUUCGCCCAAAUUACCGAGUAACUGCAAUCAUACACGGUCGGGACUUGUGACCUUCCUGUAGACUCUUAUUUGAUUAAACAGACUUGAAGUGAUCCCCAUUGAAUAAAUGACCGGUACUAAUAGCUAUACCACCAUUUGUUGAAGCAUACGUAAUGACACGAAAGGCCAGUAUCAACUUCCUAAAGCCAUCCAGACAAAAUGCAUUGCCAUGGUGAAGUGAAAUUUGAAACGUUGCUAUAGCAAAUCAAAAGCAAUAUUGUGAUAUUUUGAUCAGCACCGUUUUCUUAAAGGUUCAAAUAGGCUUUAUUUGCUGGCAAAAUACUAUUAUUUGGACAUUGAUACCAGCACCUUCUGUUAUUUUGUCUAUGUAAACACGCCAGGUUUCCGAUUACUGGCAUUCGGACACUUCCUUGACUGUAUUAAGAAACAAUGAAACACGAUAUGGUUUUGAAUUUGAGAGUAAGACAAGAUAUGCGUUGACGCCGAUAUGCUACAAGGAGAAGGACGGAUAUGACUGUGCAUGCAUGGGAAGCAUCGAUACAGGAUCAGCGCACAUAAUCGGAUUCGACAACCAACUACUGAAGAAGACGAAGAACUUUAUUCAAAAACGCGGCUGGUAUUUUGUUAAGGGGAGACAGGGACGUACAGUGAUACUUUGGAAGAUUUUGUUAAACCAUAAUUUGCUGUAAAUGGAGUCUUCAUUACCAAGCCGCUCUCCUGUUCUCCCCUCUCACGUUACGCAUUUAUGCAUAAUGCCGCAUAUGUCGAGAACCGCCCAUGAUAUACACAGUAUGUAAAGGAGAUGGGAAGUAUUGACUAAAACGACGAAGAAGAGUGAAAAUUGGAGGAACAGAGUACGAAUGAUUUGAGGAAGAAAGAGAAGAAGUGAAGCGUUAACAAAGUAGGACAAUGAGAAGACAUACGAAUGUUGAUCUUAGUAUCCUAACUGUGCAGGCGAAUUUAGGACGUAAACACUGUCUUGUCUAUGGCUUUUCAAGGAAGGUCAUCACUUUACACCAAUAGAACAUUAAAUAUCGACUUAUCCCUUCGACUUACCACAUAUAACAAUACAACAAUACAAUUUACGACUCUCCGACCACCACUGCUUUUAUAUGAUGAGUGGGGUGAUAUAAUUAUAUGAUAAGGAGUAGGAUAGCUAGAGGUGUACUAAUACAUAUUGAUUGAAGGAAUCUAACUUACUGAACGUUAUUACUUCUUCCGAAGAACAGAAAAUCAUGCUUCAUUGACAAUUUUACGGUUAGUUGUUAGCUUUAUUUUUCACAGCAGCACAAUGAAUCUGGUUCUUUUUUGUUAUUUUUAACGCUCCGUCCUCUCUAUACAACAAUCGAUUUCGGGAUCGAGCAAGACAGACGGGACGUUUCGUAGGUAAAAGUGUACAAAAGGUCAUCCUUCAGUAAUAAUAAAAGGCGUGAAUAUCAACAUGCGUGUACGAACGGUGGACAUAAUAGACAGCAACAUUCAUAAUAUGAUUUAAAACGUAAGGAAAACAUGUGGACAUGUUGUUAGUUAGGACAUUACCCGCUGGUCUGCGAUCUAUGAUAUACCAUUACAGUAAAGAUAUCGAGGGUGCUAUCAGUUACAUGCAUAUACUCGCUUCUUUAUCAAUGUGAUUGAAUAAACGUUUUCUCUUCUCGCACUUUCCCUCGUCCAUCUUUUCUCCACAACAUUUUCCUCUCAUUUGCUGGGUUUGUCCACGGGUAGAAAAUACCGUGGACGAGAGAGUCACUUGAGCCGGGAAUUCUGUAGGGACGUGAACUGAGACACGUCAUGCUCAGGUCUGCGUAACAUGAGCCACAACCACACCAUCUUUUGCAAUUCAGAAGUGAAAAUGAAACGAAAAGAGAGAGAGAGAGAGAGAGAGAGA